AUGAACGACGCGGAAACCAACGAGUCUCGGAGACCCAAGUCUCUCCAGACCACCAAGACGCCUGAACCGCGGCUAGAUCAACAACCAGCCAACGGCCAGAACAAUAGCAACACCCCCAGCACACCGGGGCCUUUCCCUUCCUUCGACUGGGAAGAUUUCGAAGCUCGGUACGAAAAGGCCCUUGCGGAGGCCGAUGAAAGGGAGAGAGAGCUCUUGCUCGAGUUCGACAGUCUCGUGAAGUACUUCAAUGUCUGGGCCUCCACUUCGAGUGAUCAUGACAAUGAACGCGCAACCAAGCGCCUUCACACAAGGCGGAGGUAUGUCAACUUGGCAGAAAAGGAUAUGGCUCAAAAGGAGGAGCAUAUGAAGGAAGUGCUCCGCGCAUUCCAAAGCGCUCUCGCCCUGCUAAGCCGGACUUAA